AUCAGCAGGAUAACUCCUCUGAAAACCAAAAAAUAAAUAAAAAUUUCCGCAUCCAAACACAAUGGAAGUAGAGCGAGUCCUCCACAUGAAAGGCGGCAUUGGAGAAACUAGCUAUGCCAGCAAUUCUUCACUCCAAAGACUUGUAAUAACCAAAGUGAAGCCCAUACUAGAAGAAAGUGUUAUAGGGGUUUAUUACAGUGUAACCCCUGAGUGUUUGAGAAUUGCAGAUUUGGGUUGCUCUUCAGGACCCAAUACACUUCUUGUGGCAUCAGAAAUUAUGGAUAUUAUAGAUGCAGCAUCACAAUGCUUGAAUAAUCAUCAGGCUCCUGCUUUCCAAGUUUUCCUUAAUGAUCUUCCUGGAAAUGAUUUCAAUACCAUUUUUGAAUCACUUCCAAGUUUUUAUAAGAGGUUGGAGAAAGAGAAGGGAAGCAAGUUUGGACCAUGUUUCAUUUCUGGGAUGCCUGGGAGUUUCUAUGGAAGGCUUUUCCCUAGAAAUUUCUUGCACUUUAUUCAUUCUUCUUACAGUUUGCAUUUUCUCUCUCAGCCACCAAAAGGUUUGAGGACGGAAGAAGGAGAAGCACUGAAUAAAGGCAACAUUUACAUAGCAAAAACAAGCCCUCCUGAGGUUUUUAAAGCAUAUUUCAAUCAAUUUGAAAAAGAUUUCACUUUGUUCUUGAGGUCUCGUUCUGAGGAGAUAGUCCCUGGUGGUGGUAUGCUAUUAACAACCAUGGGAAGUAUUCAAAGUGAUGAUCCUCGAAAUAUUUGGGAGGUCGUCGGGACAACACUACACGACAUGGUUUUAGAAGGUUUAAUUGAAAAAGAAAACCUUGACUAUUUCGAUUUACCAUAUUAUGCACCAACAUCAAAGGAAGUUGAAAUGGUGAUUGAAGCAGAAGGAUCAUUCUCUCUUCAUGGAUUGAAAAUCUUUGAAAUGGAUUGGGAUGCAAAUUUGAAAGAAGAAAACGAUAACAGUGUUAUUGCAAUUGAUGAGAAAACAAGAGGACAAUUCGUCUCCAAUUACAUGAGAGCAGUUGCAGAACCUAUUCUCAGCAAGCAAUUUGGAGAAGCAAUUAUAGAUGGCUUUUUCAAAAGGUUCACAGACAAGGUUAUUCAUCUCAUGGCCAAGGAAAAAUGCCAAUACGUAAACUUGGUUAUUUCCUUGACAAGGAAGCGGGUUUAGUUUAUUUUGUGAACCAAAAUUAUAUUUCUGUGAUUUUUCAAGAAAUGUCUUAUGUUGAUGGAAAUAAAAUAAUAAUAAUUUGUACUUUGUUUAGUGUUGCAGAAAGAUCCUUUUGUGUGUGUUUGUUUCUUUACUGUCAAAUGGAAUAGUGUAUCUUUUUUAAAAGAAUAAAAGCAUUGUUGAAAGAAUAUUGUGGGCUACCAAAGCAAAUACCACUUAGAGAAGAAUUUAUUAGUA